AUGAUUAUCUCAAUACAUGUAUAUUAUUUGUCAAAAUCAAUCAUACGUAUGAUAUAUUUGUGACAAAUAUUUUAAACCUUGAAUGUUGUGUCUGAAUUGAUUAUGUUUUUUACAUUUGAGAACCGUUUCGUGAUGGAAGUGACAUUCCAAUUUUACUCCACUUUAUUUACAGUCUUGAACUUUUGACGGUCUGGAAAGGGAAGGAUUGAUACAUUAUUGUGUAAGAAGAAUGGCUAAAACUGCCGUGUUUCGGAAUUAAUCAAGGAUAUGAACGCUUGGCAGGAUCAAUGCAAGAAGAUCUCUAUUUGUCGGCUAAUGCAAGUGCAUUUAGUAACUUCAAAAAGGUGAAACUUGAACCAAAUGUUGACUAUGUAGUCAGCCAGCACCUAACAAGCCCCUCCUUCUUCACUGACGGACAGAAAAACACGUAUGUUAUCGCACAAUCUCGGCAUGAGUCCGGGGAUUACCUUAAUCACGUACACAACACAAGCUUCUUGUCAGCAUCAAACCAUAACUUAUUGUUGGACAACGCGGUUAACCCAAAUGUACAUGCAAGUGAGUACUCUAGUAGUAAACGGUCUGGAAUUAAACGCAAACGUGCAGACUUGAAUAACUUAGACUUACAGAUGCAGUUGACACUCAAUGAGGCGACUGCGAUAUCCAGUGAUGACGACAAUGGCAACCAGACCACCACUUCUAAGAACACCAGCUCGUCUAACAGCGAGGGAGAUUACACUCUCGUACAACAUGAGGUUCUGUACUCGAUGACCAAUUCAUACGAAGUGCUUGAGUUCCUCGGACGCGGGACGUUCGGGCAAGUUGUUAAGUGUUGGAAGAAAGGAACAAAUGAGAUUGUAGCCAUUAAAAUCUUGAAAAACCAUCCUUCGUAUGCUAGACAGGGUCAGAUUGAAGUGAACAUUCUGUCACGACUUAGUCAAGAAAAUGCGGAUGAAUUCAACUUCGUUCGAGCACUGGAGUGCUUUCAGCACAAAAGCCACACAUGUUUGGUGUUUGAAAUGCUGGAGCAAAAUUUGUAUGAUUUUCUCAAACAUAACAAGUUUCAGCCACUACCCCUGAAAUAUAUCCGUCCCAUCACACAGCAAGUGCUAACGGCUCUAUUGAAACUAAAAAACCUUGGACUCAUUCAUGCGGAUCUUAAGCCUGAGAACAUUAUGUUGGUGGAUCCUGUGCGAUUUCCAUAUCGUGUCAAGGUCAUAGACUUUGGUUCUGCAAGUCAUGUGUCUAAGGCAGUUUGUUCGACCUACCUGCAGUCCAGAUAUUACAGAGCGCCAGAGAUAUUGCUUGGCCUCCCAUUCUGUGAGAGUAUCGAUAUGUGGUCACUGGGCUGUGUGAUAGCAGAGCUCUUCCUCGGCUGGCCCCUCUACCCGGGCUCUUCAGAAUAUGACCAGAUCCGGUACAUCUCCCAGACCCAGGGCCUACCAGCUGAACACAUGCUCAGCAAUGCUACAAAGACCACGCGAUUCUUUGUGCGUGAGAACACUGACAGCAACUACCCUUUCUGGAGACUCAAGACGCCAGAAGAACAUGAAAUGGAGACGAAAAUCAAAUCAAAAGAAGCCCGAAAGUACAUAUUCAACUGCAUCGAUGACAUGGCACAAAUCAACGUGCCCACAGACCUUGAGGGGAGUGAACUCUUAGCCGAGCAGGUUGAUAGGCGGGAGUUUAUAGACGUACUGCGUCGGAUGUUGACCCUUGACCAGGAACGGCGGAUCAAACCAGGAGAGGCGCUGAACCACCACUUCAUACGCAUGGGUCACCUUGUGGACUAUGCACACUGUGGCAUAGUGAAGCAGAACGUUCAGGCAAUGGAGGUGUGCAGGCGAGCCACAAAGUCUGUGUACGACAUGAACCAGAACAACGGCGGCUUAGUGCCCAACUUUGUGCCUGCCUCGUCAAAUAACCUCACGGUCACUUUCAACAAUCAGAUUAACGCCCUCCACUCUCAGACUGGAGGUCAGACAGGAGCGGAGAUCCAGUACCUGCCGUACCCGAUGUCACGUACUUACCUCCCCUACCAAGGCCAGCACAUGAACCAGGGUUUGACAGCGCAGCGCUCCAGCGCCCAGUUUGCACGUGCAGACCCAUUCACUCAGUCGCUGUGCGUCUCGUCAAUCAUGGUACCUGGAUUGCAAGGUCUGAACUCACCUACGCGCUACAGCCAUGUUCCCAUGGUUACCCAUGGUGGCGCAACCUUGCAGAUUCCUCCACAGCUGAUCACACAGAGUGGUCAGAUGAAUGGCUGGCCGGGUGCACAGCAGGUGCUAGUGGCCCCAUUUCAGCAGAUUCCUGGGCUCACAACAUCCAGUUCUGGUCAGCGCUCCGUUACUCAACAGAUUCUGCCGGAGAAUAUUGCCCAUCAGCACAUGCUUUCAGACAACUGGCGCCAAUCAUUUGUGCUGGACGGCUUUGAUCAAGCUUCGUUGGCACAGCAGCUAGGUGCAGCCCAGUCCCAGGCUGCCUGGAACCUUGGCAUGGUGCCAUUCAGUCUCCAAAGAAACCGCCAGUCAGCCUCACACUCUAGUAAACGUGUGCCAAAACAGAGAGUAACAAAGGAGCCAACAUCAACUCAACUGUCACCGGUUAAGAAACGAGUCAAAGAGAACACGCCUCCUCAGAACCUAAACACCAGCACCAGCAACUUUACAGGCUCCCAUGGCCAUCAUGGCCUGCCUGGGGAGUCCCUCGUGCCAGCCACUUGGGCCGAUACCAUCUCCAAGGUGAAGCACUCAGGCUCACAUCGCCAGACGAUCGUGAUUGGGGACUCUCCCAGUCCAUCUGUCAGCGUGAUAACCAUCAGCUCAGACAGUGAGGAGGAUGAAGAUGCAAAAAUGUUGAAAAGGCAACAGAAAAAAGGUGUGUAUUUACCUGACCCUGCCUUGGUGGAGCAAUCAGUAGGGGACGAUUUCGGCACUCCAGCAAGCAGAAAGAACGUGAUAACUCACGGCCUGUCAGGUGAUCUAGCCUCCAGCCACCAUCUGAUGCUGACACCGAUCAAGCACGAAGACAUCGAGACAAGCUUGUUACACGAUGCGUACCUGUAUGGAAGUGGCCACCUAAGCGGCAGCUCGAUUGACGAGACUGCUGCCUUGAUCCCACCUAAUUUGCGGGUGAACUCACCGUUCAGGGGACAGCAGCGCGGUGGACUUCCAAGCAAUCAUGAAAAGGUUUCGAGUAAUGUUUCAGUAAGACACUCUGGCGCUGACCGGUUUGGAAAACGGCACAGCCCUAGGCACGAUAGCAUGCGCAAUACUCUUGAACUUGAGAAAACGAUGCUUGCAGCUCAAGGUAAGCUUGCCUAUGUUUCACCAACCGUUCGUCAGAGCAACAACCCGAACCGACACACGUUUCAUGGCUCAACCUGUCCGAGCCAGAAGCAGCAGCCCCCAGUUGGCAACCUCGGGUUUGUAAGUCGCCAGGUGAGCGGUAGCCUGUCGCAGCUGUCCCCAAUUCAGCCAGGCUUACAGAUGGGCCAGCCAACUGUCCUGCUGCAUACGGCUCCACAGAUGGACAUGCACAGGAGACGUCAAUCGAGCCCGAUACACCACUACCUGGUACCAGCUCACCAGCAGCCCCAGAUGGGCAUGCCACCGGGUCUCGGACAGUUUGGCCCCUUCUCCCCGACGAUAGCCCCGCCCCCCGCCCACCAGAGUCCGAGACACGUGCAGUACGCGGCCCAUCCCCUGCCUGCGCAUGUGCAUCCAGUCAUGCAGGCCACAUCCACUAUCCCUGCUACAUACCACUCUCAGAUUGGUCAGUACCCCGCUCUAAAUGCGUCUACAGGAAUCUACACGUCGUACCAGCUAUCGCCGACUAAAGCUAGACCAUACCAGUACUUUGCUGCAUAGCCAGCAAUCGUAUUGGGGAACAUCUUUAAAAAAAAGAUCGUGUCGUUGUUAUGGAAGAACAGUUUGAUUGUGGGCAUUUUCCAGAGUUUACUUUUUGUUUGUUUCAUUUUAUUAGCUUUUAUUAGAAUUUUAUUCUAGAUUUUCUAACUGCAUUGAUGUCAUUAGACAGGUUUUAAAAUUAGUUAAACUGUGUUUUUAGCUCACCUGUCACGAAGUGACAUGGUGAGCUUAAAUGACCAUGUGAUGUCCGGAGUCCGUUGUGUGCGCGUGUGCGUCCGUCCGUCAACAAUUUAUUUGUGUAGACAGUAGAGGUCACAGUUUUCAUCCAAUCUUUAUGAAAUUUGGUCAGAAUGUUUAUCUUGAUGAAAUCUGGGUUAGGAUUGUAUUUGGGUCAUCUGAGGUCAUAAACUAGGUCACUAGGUCAAAUAAUAGAAAAACCGUCAACAAUUUAUUUGUAUAGACAGUAGAGGUCACAGUUUUCAUCCAAACUUUAUGAAAUUUGGUCAGAAUGUUUAUCUUGAUGAAAUCUGGGUUGGGAUUGUAUUUUGGUCAUCUGGGGUCAAAAACUAGAUCACUAGGUCAAAAACUAGGUCACUAGGUGAAAUAAUAGAAAAACCUUGUUUAGACAAUAGAGGUCGCAGUUUUCAUCCAAUCUUUAUGAAAUUUGAUCAGAAUUUUUAUCUUGAUGAAAUCUGGGUUGGUAUUGUAUUUGGGUCAUCUUGGGUCAAAAACUAGGUCACUAGGCCAAAUAAUAGAAAAACCUUGUGUAGACAAUAGAGGUCACAGUUUUCAUCCAAUCUUCAUGAAAUUUGGUCAGAAUCUUUGUCUUGAUGAAAUCUGGGUUGGGAUUGUAUUUGGGUCAGCUGGGGUCAAAAACUUGGUCAAUAGGUCAAAAAUUAGAAAAUCCUUGUGAAGACAAUGGAGGUCACAGUUUUCAUCCAAUCUUUCUGAAAUUUGGUCAGAAUGUUUAUCUUUAUUAAAACUGGGUUGUGAUUGUAUUUUGUUAGUCAGGUGAGCAAUUCAGGGCCAUCAUGACCCUCUUGUUCUUAUUUUAUGGCAACGAUUAUAGUUGAGUACAUUGUAUAUUUAUAGUAUUAGAAUCAGUUUUUAGUUUUAGUGCUGAUAUAUGUUUACUUCUUUGUAAUACUGUCCUAUUAAUUCACUAGUUUGACUGCCUUAGUUUAAAUUAGAAAUUGUAUGAUCAUUUCAAUUUUUUCUGUGCUUUUAUGACUUGAAUGUUUUGUUAAGGUUGAUGUUGGGUUCAUGAGGGUUCAAUGACACAUGUGUUGAAGAAAUCAAAGUAAAUUUAAUAAGGUUCUCAAGUUUUAAAUUUAAAUAUAUAAUUUUAAGUUAUUCAUGGAUUUGGUUUUUGUUCUCAAAGAUUGAAAAUGAAAUUCUCAUCUUUGACUGUGAUAUUUUCUGUCUCAAAUAAAAGGUUCAGAUAUGUGGUUGCUGUAGCAACAACAACAACAAAAUUGUCUGAUUCUGAAUUAAACUUUGAACGUUAUGGCAAAGUGUUUGUAACAUGUCAUUUAUGAGACAGAUACUGAUAUCAUAAUGAACUGAUAUUUGUGAACGAUUGAUCCCAUGCUUUAGUGAUUGUUUUCAUGUGUUCAUUCAUUUAAAUUGCAUAUCACUGUUAGAUGAUCAUCAUCACAUGUUGGCUUGUGGUUAGACACAUUGCUCCAUUGAAAUUAGAGUUCUGUGUUUGCAUUAAUUCAUGUUUUAUAAAUAUGACAUUAUUCAUGUUUCAUAAAUAUUAAUAUACUUCAUCAUGCAUGAAGAUUGUAUCACUUAAAUUUAUAAUAUUAUACAGCGUACAUAAAACAAAGAAUUAACCACUUAUAUGUUAAUCUGUAUUUUUCCCAUGAUGUGUAUUUUUUAAUUGUACAUACUCUAUUUUCAUAUCUGUAUAUUGUGUGCAUUAUUUUUAACUGGAGUGUAAGUACUACUUUAUUUUAGUCGUUAAAGAUAUUAUUCUUAAUGAAUAGAAUAUGACUUAUGCAGGUUUUAUUCUUGCUAUUUGCAGUAAAUGAAUAGGAAGAUAUAUUAAUGUAUUUCUUUUACAAAUCACCUGGUCAAAAGGUAUGAUAAUCUCAAAUCUAUUACUGGCAUGUGCUUCAUUUAUCUCAUAUGUCAUACAUGCAAUUAAAGUACUUAAGCAUAAGAAUUUUCUCAAAUCAUGAGAACAUAUUCUAGUUACAAUUACUUUUGCCUAGAUUGUUGUAAUGCAUUUACCAGAGAGAGAAGCUCGUGUUGGAAUAUAUUCAAAGACAUUUUAAAAAUAAAUUAUAGAGUAAUAUUGGUAGAAAAAACAUUGGACUGAAAUUGAAUUGUAUAUGAUGGAAACAUUGGAAGAAUAAUGGCAGAAUGCAAACAAUGGUUAUUUUAUGCAAAAAAGAUAGCAACCCAGUGUGUACAGUCACUUGUUCAGAGGCAUUUUACAAACCAUUAAUCCAAAAGUAUUUCGAACUCAGUGCAAGUAUUUGAUUGGUGCAUUAUGGAUAGUGAUGCUGUAUUUGAUUGGUGCAUUAUGGAUAUUGAUGCUGGCUGAUUUGAUAAAUUAGCAAUAGUGUCAUAUGGCAGAUGAACCCUUUUGUGAUCAAAAUUCUCAGUGAGUAAGGAAAGCAACACCAGUGCAAACAAAUUGUAUCAGUUAUAUGUACAAUACUUUGAUAUUUGAUAGAAUUCUUUCAGUACAUUUAAUCAAUGUCUAAUUCUUUCCCUAUCUCUUUGACUUAAUUAUCUUUAUCUUUAAAAUCAAAAUCACAAAAAGUUGUACUAACAUAGUAGAUAUUAAACUUCCUCUGGUUUAAAACAUCUGUACAAACUGAGGAGUCUGACUUGACCUAUCAACCUUACUUGGUGGUCAUGAAUCAUGUUUCCUCCCUUAUCAGUUAUCUAAAGCAUUUGAGCGUUAGGGUGUUUGAAAUACAUCUUAGUUUACUUAUUAGUCAUGUCAGCAACCAUGCUGGAACUGUGCAAGGUAAUUUAGAUGACAGCUUGAAGUGCUGUAUGUUUCACAUGUAUAAAGCCAGCUUGAAAUUUAAAUAUAUAAUUUGCUGUCAAAUUCCUACUUUAAAUGCAUUUAAUGUAGAGUUUAACUCAUCAAAGUAGCUGGAAUAAAAGCUUUGUUUCUGUGUUUUGUAAUUUUAUUUGCUAUCAAGAGAAAAAUUGGUACAUUGGAGAGAGCAAAAAUGAGGUCACAACAAUAUUCAUGGUCAAUAUAACUCGAUGACAAUUCGUUUUGCUGUUGCAAGUUAUGGGCAGCAUUUGGUGGACCUAUAGUUAGUUUCAGUAUAUUAAACAUUGUGUAAUCCAUGUUAAUUGCAAAUUUCGAUAGCAUUGUGCAGAACUAUUUUACUGAAUUGUGUAUUACUUGUUUUAGUUACCAUAGUUUUGAAGUUAAGAAUUAUGGUGUUGUAUGUCAGCUGCACAUAAUAUGUAUUCUGAUAACUUGUCUUUCAUGCUUGUUGAAUUGUUAUUGUUGAUAAUUAAGAAUACACUUUCAUCUAAAUGUUGCUUUGCAUAGUUCAUUUUAUGAUGAUCUUUGGGAAAUAUGGUUGUAUUUUAUGUGUUUGCCACUCUUAUAUCAAAUUAAUUACAAAAAUAACAUUUUAACUCAAGAAUAUAUAAAAAAACAUGCCCAUGAUAUUUUUUACAAAGCCUAUUUUAAAUUUUAGCUUGUUUUUGUAUGUAUAUUUUUGUCCUUUAGUUUGUAUGUACCUGUAAACAAUAGUGGUUAGUAGUGGUAUUUCAUUUGAGCCAUGUUGCGUGCAAGUGGGUUUUAUACUAGAUGCUUCCUGCAUAGCGUUUGACAAGCCGGUUUACUUUUAAGUCAUGCAAAAUUUCAUGGUGUCAGAAGUAGAUGGAUGUAGAGGCAUAUCUGGAGCUAAACUGUGUGGAUAUGUCCCAAGGCCCAUAUUUGCACAACGCAGCUCAUUUGUUGGCAGCAUUAUUCAACUGCAGUGUAUAUCGUAGAAAAUUAAUUCCGUGUGUGUUCAUAUUACCAUUAGGGCAACAAAUGCCUAUUAUUCUCAGUAUUGUACAGUCAAUUGUUACUAACACUUUGUAGUGUUUAUUAUUAAUCACUGUUGGUUAUCGUUGAAGUAUUGUGGCUUUUUGCAUUUUUUCUCAUCUUUUAACAUGUAUCGUUUUAUCAUUAGUUAUUGUGAUUGUAACCUGUUAUAUUUAGUCUUAUUCAUUUAGUUGCUGCCCUGUAGUUACAUCAUGUCGUAGUACUGGAGGCAUAUUUUACCAGCCUUUAAUGUAAGUAUUUAUGUCCUAUUGAAUGAAUACUUUUAGUCUUCUGUACUAAGAGCUCACUUCCAUUAAGAAGGGGCAUAUUUAAAAUAGAAACUUAUAAUUUAAUGUUUUGGUUUUAAGAAUAUGAAAGUUUUAUGUUUCAAAAACUUGUAUGUAACAUCACUCAUUGUAGCUGCAUUGUCCUUCCUAAUAACAAAGGUUGUCCAUAUUACCUCACAUGUACAAUGAUUUCAUGGAUUGAGUGUGCAUGUAUUUUACAUUGUUGUGUGGUUUCAAAAAUGAAUUUUAUCUGGGAAAAUAGUUAGGAGUGUAUGUAUAUGGAAGUGUGUUUGUAUAUGGAAGUGUGUAUGUAUAUGGAAGUGUGUAUGUAUAUGGAAGUGUGUAUGUAUAUGGAAGUGUGUAUGUAUAUGGAAGUGUUAACAUUAUUUGAAGGAUUUACAUUUAGUCAUUAAUGUAUUUAGCAUGCUUAGUCAUUUCUUUUUGGUUUGCUCCUUUGUUUAGUAGAUGUUUGUUUUAUUGUAAUUUAUUUUGCAGAUGCAUGUCUGCAACGGGUCAAUUCUUAUUUCUAGAUAUAUUUAUUCAUUUUGGUAACAUCAUUAGAAAUUGAAUGUUGGGGCAGUAUUUAGUAAGGGCACAUUUUUUGACAAGUUGGCACUCUUGUAUUCUGUUCAUCCUUAAAGUAAUCAGUUACUUUUCAGCCGAUAAGCAAACAGCUUGUGCAAACAGAAACAUAUUUAAAAUAAGACUUGUCAUAAGUUUUGUGAUUUUUGUACAGUAUUAAAUGCAAUAAUUCUUUAAAUAAAACUAUUUUAAUGAUCAAUUUUUAGCAUAUGCAGAUUUAUUAUUUCAUUCUUUGCAGUUUCUUUACUGUUUUGUUGUGGACAGUUUUUCAGAUGUGUGGUUGAUGGAGCUUAGAUUUGAGAUUAUAAUUCUUGCAUUUCAUAAUAAAUGUUUUGGCUUGUAAAAGUUUUAGUGUAUUAGGGUAACAGAAAAUGAAUAACCAGCUUUUAAUUGCAACAUUUUCCUCAUAAUUUUUAGUACCUAACUUUUUCUUUUUUUACUGUUUUUGUUUUUCAAAUUAAUUUUAUAAUUAUAAUUACCCGGUACCCUGGUAAAUUUCUCCGUUAAAUAUUUUUAAAAUUUUAAAACAUGGUGUAUUGGUGGAGGUUUGUAGAUUUUGUUUUAAACUUUUUUUCAAUACACGUGUAGUUUGUUGCAUGCUGUAAAUGUGUUGCCUUUCACUUUAACUAUCAGUGUUAUUUGUGUAUUGGUAUUCCAGGCAUUGAAAUCUGUAAAUAUUGUACUCCCAGUCCUUAUUACCCACUGUAUUAAUUUGACUGUGUAUACUGAAAUAGUAAUAGUUAGAAGUUCAUGUUGUUUGUAUUUUUGUGCCAUUUCUUAUCUGACGUGUAUUAGCUUCUAGGUUUCAAUCGGAUAUAUAAUUAUAUAUUAUUGUCACUACUUGUAUUUAUGUAUAUAUUAGUAAUAGGGUGAUAAUUUUGUUCGCUUACCCAGUAUUUUCAUUUACUACCAACACACACACACAAGUUAAUUGCAUUCAUAUAUUUCCUUUCUUCAUUCAUCAUCGUGUGUAAAUGUUCACAUUAUUUUAGAUUAUUGUCAAUGUGCCUAUAUCAUGUGGACACCAUUUCAUUGUUAAGUGACUUUAGUAUCACCUCAUUCAUCAUUUGCUCAUAGUCUCUUACUUAUAACAAACAAAUUAAUUAUAGUUAAUGUAUAAGUAAGUUGACUAAUCAGUAUUUUUAUAUUAUUUUGAUGUGGCUUAUUCUGAGGGAGACAUGCCAAUAAAAUAUUACAUUAUAUGUACAGCAAAGGUCUUGUGUCACAUAUAUUAUACAAACAUAACAAAAGCUGCUGAGAACAGGGUAGUUCCUUUGGUUCUCAGAUGAGCCACCAAUGCUCCUUGGCCCUCUUGUUCCUUGUUAAAAUAAAUAUUAAAAAACAUUUCAUAUAUUUACUUUUGCAAGAACAUUAAAAUCUUUGAACAAAUCUCUUGACACUUGCUGAAUUGAAUAUUAAGCACUUUUCAGAUACAAUACUUGAGCUCUUGUUUUUUUAAUGUUUUAAUUCUUUAUAUUAUUUAAGUACCGGUAGUGUAAUAAAUUAUCAAUCCUCAUGUUUUUAAACAUAUCAUGUUUGAUGACAUUAGCAUGCUUAUUAUUUUAUCAUAAUAUUGAAUAUUGAAGUGUCUAUUGUAUUGUUUCUUAAAUAUCAAAGUUAUAUUGUGCUCGGUGCUAUGAAUAUCUAUACAUAUUGCUGCUACUAUUCAAUUGUUUAACACUUCCCCGCUCAGAAUUAAAGUAAAAUGCCUUUUGUAACCAGUAUUAAACCAGAACAGUCUGCGAGUUACUCUUAUGCUGUUUGCUGCUCAUCAGUAUCUUGGGGUUGGAAAUAAAGCCUUUAAAACUUGAAUCUUGUAAGAAAGGUCUUUAAUUCAAUUUAAUUUUCGAAAACCCUACAAACACGCCCAAAAGCAUAUGGGCCGUGCUCUAUGUAAAAGGGGUUUAAUGCAUGUGCAUAAAGUGUCGUCCUUGAGUAGCCUGUGCAGUCCACACAGGCUUAUCAGGGUUGACACUUUCCGCUUUUAUGAUAUCAUAAAAAGAAAGUCUCUUCUUAGCAAAAUACAAGUUAUGGCAGAAAGUGUAGUUUCUGAUUAGCCUGUGCAGACUGCACAGGCUUAUUUGGGACAACACUUAAUGCACAUGCAUUAAAAAAACUUUUCACAGAGUUUGACGCAUAUCUGGGCAGUAAAGGUUAAAAAGCAGCAUUUUAGUGGAGGUGGGCUGGCAGAGUUGAACACCUGUUGAGUUGAAUGAUGCAGAUGUUUUUCCAUUUUUUUCUCAUGAAAAUAUACGUUACACAUUUUUGGGAUUAACAAUCUGGAUGGAAAAUCAGGGUAUUUAUGUACUAGAUGAUGUUCAAUGGUCAAUUCAGUUAUUACAUUUUUUACUCUCGAUUCAAUUAACAGUAGCUUCGCAAUACAACUGGUUGUUGAUAAGAAGGCUUACAUACUAGUAAGUGCUUUAAUGUUCAUUUGUAAAGUGCAAAUAAAUGUGCAAGCAGUGAUACAGUCAACAUUACAACAUUCCAAAGCUAUGGUGCACAAUAAAAUAUCUGAUUCAGUAAAAUAAUUACUAAAAUUCUGUUUAAGUUUUUUUUUCAGACAGGUGUUAAUAAUGGUCAAAUGUAAGCAAACUUGUGUGUAUUUUCUGUCACAUAUUCCUUUAUGCACUGUAUAUUCUGUCAACACAUGCUUUUACCAUUUUCAAAACAACAUGUUCCAUAUUGUAAUGUUUGAUCUCAUACACUCAACCACUGGAUUUGCUUUCAAAUGCUAAAACCUACAAGAUUAAUGUCAUAGCACAUUAAUCAUUCAACAAAGCAGUAAUUAAUAAAUAGAAAGAUGAACAAUAUUACAUAUAGUGUUAUACAAGUGAGUCAUUUUAAUUGAAAUUUAUUCUGGGGUUUAAAUAAACAAGGAAUCAGACCAAGUCUAUUUGUCAAGCUAUCAACAUAGUUGCUAAUGACAUUCCAGUAAAAAUAUCCUAAACUAACAAAGAUCUUGAAAUUAUAUGCUUGCUUUUAUAUUGAAAGUAAGUUAGUAUAUCAUGUAGAAAAUUUAGUGUUGAGUAACUCAAUAUUUUUUUCAUGUGCAUGUUUGAAUUGUAUUAUUUUAGUAAGGAAAAUAUUGUGAAUACUGGAAUUGCAGGUGUCCUUAACAUGACCAUUUAUUUUAUUGCAUCUGACUCAAUACACAAUUACCGGUAUUCAAUGUAUCGUUAACAAAAUAUUUGGGUUAAAAAUCAGUUUAAACAUGUGUAGGAUAAUAAAAUGUCAGAUAAACAAACAAUUAUGAUGAUUAGGAUAACAAAAUUGUAAAUUGUGUUGUUGUUUUCUCAAUUGAUGGAAGCAACAUCUAGUUGGACAAAUAAUAUGCAUGAAAAACAAACAACAUUGUUUAGUGAAAUUUAAAAAUAUUCCUUUAAGAGAGUUACUGCAAUACACGACAAUUUACAGAAAUAAGUGUCUUUCUGUCUUUCUCACAAAAAUAAACGUACAAAUGAUUAUAAUCAGAACAAGCUGGCACUCUUGAAGUUUAACAUUGGGGCAAAUUGUUUUUCUACCAACCGUUCUUUCAUUCACCAUGUCUGCUUCAAGUAUUUAAUCUCUCAUCUUUGAUUGUUGUUUUUGUGGUUUUGUAAACUGUUCAGCUUUUUCUUGUUAAAAUUUCUAGUUUACUAAAUGUUAUUAUGGAAUGUUGAACAUAUUUAUUAUGUACGUGAAAGCAAAAUGUUAAGUGUAUUAUUUAAAAUUAAGUAAGAAAGCUUGUAAACACAUCAUUAAUGCUUGUUUGAACACAUUUUACUUAGCAUAUUGUUACAAUAGCUUACAAAUUUUCUUUUUUCUUAACAUAGUGUUCCAAUAAUACAGAUUUGUAAUUAAUUUUAGUAUUUAAAAGCUUAACUUGUUUUAUUUAUGUCAGUCUUUAUUACAUUUACUGAACUUUUUUUGUGUGUAAAGAAUUGUUUAUUUUGAUCUUGUGGAUAAUGUUGGUUUUUAAAGUGGUUAGGCACUGCACCUUUCAAGUUGUGGGGAUUAAACAGACUUCAACACUUGUAUAUCUUAUUAUCAAAGUGGGGAAAGGCUAAAAUUAUUCAAUGUUUAUUCAUUUUUAGCCCGGCUGUUUUCGGAGAAAACCCAAGGUAUUGUCAUAGCCAGCUUGUUGUGCCGUCCGCUAAAACCUUGACAUUGGCUCUAAAAUCAAAGUGCUUCAACCUACAACUUUGAAACUUUAUAUGUAGCUGCACCUUGAUAAGUUCUACAUGCCACACCCAUUUUUGGGUCACUAGGUCAAAGGUCAAGGUCACUGACCUUGAAAAAAAAUAAUCUGACAAGCUUUCAUUUGUUCAAAACUGCACCCGCAUCCGAGCGUGGCACCCGUUAUGCGGUGCUCUUGUUUUUAUAAAUGAUGAAUUAUAAAUACUUUGCAUUAAAUACAAUUUCUCUGUUGUGGAAUGUAGUGCAGUACCAGCAGCAAUAUAGAUUGAAUUGAAUCAUGUUUUAACUUUUACACUGACUUGACUUUUAUCUUGUAAUGUGUGCAAUACCUCAUUUGUUAGACCAGAACAACCAACGCCCUUUGUCAUAGGGAGAUUUUAGGGUUUGAUGAUCAUGUUUGUAAACUGAUGGGGUUUGGGUUUGCUUUAAACUCGUAUCUGUGAAAAAUAGUAAUAACUUGUAAAUUAUUUUGGAGCUUUUAGAAAAUAAAUGGAGGGUAAAAACAAGAAGGCACCAAAUGACUUUGAAAUGAAUACAAUAUAAGUUAACAUCUAGAAAGUACUUAAUUCCAUUGAAGUCGUAGCAGUAAGUAGUAAACGCCAUCGACCUAUUUGAAAGUUUAAACAGGAAGGUACUUAACACCUUUCGAAUCAGUAACAAUUAAAAAACAGAAUGUAUUAAAUAAAAUGCAUGUAAACAUCAACUGGCAGCUAAAUGAUAUUUCAAUUAAAAUUAGUUUAAACAAGAAGGUACUCAAUUGCAUUGGAAUUGCAGCAGUUAUUAUUUUCAAGUAUACAACCAUGGAAAUUCAAAGACAGUGUUUUUAAUGAAUAUUGCUGUUGUUAAAAGUAUUUACCAAAAGUUUAUUUUACUGAGUGGUCAGUGGAUAUGACAUGCCAUUUUUGGAAAGAGGGCGUUGGUUGUGGAAAGGGCUCCAAUCGGUUGCCUGUUUAAAUCUGUUGAGUUCACUUUCACAUGUAUCUGUAGCGUAUAUUUUAAUUGCCUGGGAUCAAUAGGAAAAUAAACAAUAAAAUGGAGUAUAUUCUGU